AUGCCUUAUUCCAAAUGCACCCCUCCAAAGCUAUUGAUAGUUGUGGACUAUGAGGUGACAGUGGCAGUAUUGGAUUUUCUACGGACUGGUAGGCUCUUGCCUAAACUCAAUUUCACGCAUGUUGCUCUUAUUUCGAAAGUGAAGGAUCCAACAAACAUGACCCAACUUCGUCCUAUCAGUUUGUGCAAUGUGAUCUACAAGAUUGGCGCUAAGGUUUUGUCCAACUACUUAAAAUUAAUUUUGAAUGAUGUGAUUGGCGUUCAUCAAAGUGCUUUUGUCCCAGGCCGUAUGAUCUUUGAUAACUCGAUUGUCGCUUUUGAGGUGCUUCAUCAUAUGCAUAACCGUACACACGGUAAGUUGGGCUUCCAGGCAUUGAAAUUGGAUAUGAGUAAGGCCUAUGAUAGGGUGGAGUGGGGUUUUCUUGAAACCAUUAUGAACAACAUGGGUUUUGCUCCACGAUGA